AGCAGAGACUUCAGCGCGCGAAUUUUCAGACGUUGAAUUCUUCAAGUGGAGAAAGACACAGACAGGAGUUGGUCGUGGCCAUGGAGUUGAAUUCAGUGCUUUUGACGGCGGGUGGCUCUAUUGGAUUUUUUAAACUUGUCAAUUGUGGUGUCAGUAAACUCCCUAUACCCGAGUCUGCGUGCAGAAACGCCUGGAAAUGGAGAAAUGUAUGCACAUCUUUGACACACAGUCUGAUAACUGGGAUAUGGUCUGUACUGUGCUUUUUCGUACACCCACAGAUGGCCGAAGAUUUGAUAGGAACCCAUUCUGUGUUCUCGCAUGCGUUGGUUUCUGUAUCAAUCGGUUACUUCAUCUAUGACUUCCUUGAUAUGGUGCUCAACCAGAAGAUGAUCCUGUCAUGGGAGCUCCUAUUCCAUCACACAGUGGUGAUCAGCUGUUUUGGCAUCGCCGUCCUGACCGGUCACUACGUUGGCUUUGCUGUGGUGGCCCUCCUGGUUGAGAUCAACUCUGUGUUCCUCCACCUGCGCCAGAUCUUACGCAUGGCCAGCCUAGCAGCGGGCGACCUCUACCGCAUCAACAGCAUGGUCAACCUAGGUACCUACGUGGUGUUCCGGAUCAACACCCUGGCCUGGAUGACCCGCUGGCUGGUCCUGAACCGGGACAACAUCCCCCUGUUCAGCUACACAGCUGGGAGUGUAGGGCUUGCCGUCAUGACCGCCAUGAAUAUAGUCCUCUUCUACCGCCUGCUGAGGUCUGACUUCCUCAAGAGUAGUGCACCCAUGCCCACAGAGGUUAAAGAGAGUAGAGGGCAAGGAGAGGGAAAGAAGGAGACAUAGUGUGGGAUAAUCUCUCUCCUGUUUUGGGGUACAGGCAUUUACAAUUCACACAAGUCCAUUGAAUGAUAGCCAAAAAUACACGUAUGUAUAAAAUAUACAAUUCUACUAUUCAUUACAUUUGAUGUUUUACAGUGCAUUCGGAAAGUAUACAGACCCCUUGACUUUCGCCAUAUUUUGAUACGUUACAAUCAUAUUCUAAAAUGGAUUACAUUUUUUCCUUAUCAAUCUACACACAAUACCCCAUAUGACAAAGCCAAAACAGGAUUAGUCAUUUUUGCAAAUUAAUUUGAAAAAAAAACGGAAGUAUCACAUUCACGUAAGUAUUCAGACCCUUUACUCAGCACUUUUUUUGAAGCACCUUUGGCAGCUAUAACAACCUUGAGUCUUCUUGGGUAUGACGCUGCAAGCUUGGUCCACCUAUAUUUGGGGAGUUUCUCCCAUUCUUCUCUGCAGAUCCUUUCAAGCUCUGUCAGGUUGGAUGGGGAGCAUUGCUGCACAGCUAUUUUCAGGUCUCUCCAGAGAUGUUCGAUUGGGUUCUAGUCUGGGCUUUAGCUGGGCCACUCAAGGACAUUCAGUGACUUGUCCCGAAGCCACUCUUGCCUGUGUGCUUAGGAUUUUUGUCCUGUUUUCAUCUUUGUCAGGUUUUCAUCAAGGAUCUCUCUGUACUUUGCUCCAUUCAUCUUUCCCUCGAUCCUGACUAGUCUCCCAGUACCUGCCGCUGAAAAACAUCCCCACAACAUCAUGCUGCCACCACCAUGCUUCACCGUAGGGAUGGUGCCAGGAUUCCUCCAGACGUGAUGCUUGGCGUUCAGGCCAAAGUGUUCAAUCUUUGUUUCAUCAGGCCAGAGAAUCUUGUUUUUCAUGGUCUGAGAGUCCUUUAAGUGCCUUUUGGCAAACUCCAAACAUGCUGUCAUGUGCCACCAAGAGUCUUGGUAGUUCCAAACUUCUACCAUUUAAGAAUAAUGGAGGCCACUGUGUUCUUGGGGACAUACAAUGCUGAAAACAUUUUUGGUACUCUCCCCCAGAUCUGUACCUCAACACAAUCCUGUCUCGGAGCUCUACGAACAAUUCCUUGGACCUCAUGGCUUGGUUUUUGCUAUGACAUGCAAGGUCAACUGUGGGCCUUUAUAUAGACAGGUGUGUGCCUUUACAAAUCAUGUCCAAUCAAUUUAAUUCAUCAAAGUUGUAGAAACAUCUCAAGGAUGAUCAAUGGAAACAGGAUGCUCCUGAGCUCAAUUUCGAGUCUCAUAGCAAAGUGUCUUUCAGUUUUUUAAAUUUGUUUUUGCUUUAUCAUUAUGAGUUAUUGUGUGUAGAUUAAUGAGGGGGAAAAAAUAAUUUCAUCAAUUUUAGAAUAAGGCUGUAACCUAACCCAAACCUGUGUCUUCUUAAACAUGUUGUAAACAUGCUGAUUAACACUAGCACUAAGAAUUGAAGACGUUUAUUGGCCAAUUCUUAUAUAAACUAAACACUUGCUACCUCAGAAGUCUGUAUGAGCUACAUGAGCUCUGCUAUCUAUGUUGUAAGGGUUCAGCUGUCUUGUUGCCAAUUGCAAACCGGUAAAAAGGAAAUUGGCCUUUUUAUUUGAAGGUUGAUGAACUUCACUAGUUGUUCGGUUGUUGAAGUCUUUAAUGUUUCAACCAGAAGAAUAAUAAAUCAUCCAAAUUAAGAAUAGAAGUGGCAUGUUGGUAUUCAUCAAAACUGUUUGGUUGCUAACCAAACAACAAGGCUGACUUCAGAUUGGGUUUCUCUCUCUCUCACACACACACACACACACACACACACACACACACACACACACACACACACACACACACACACACACACACACACACACACACACACACACACACACACAGAGAGAGGCAACAGCUGCUAUGUUAGUCCAUUUGGAGAUUGCUCUUUAAGUCUAGAGUGUACCUGUCAAUUCUAGGUCCACACAUUCACCUUGACAACCAAGAGAGAAAGCUCUUCCCACGCCCACCAGCUAAUGACAUCACUAAUGACAUCCAGCCCCACGGGCCAUUAGGCUGGCGUCUGAUGACUCACAUGGGGUGGUGGUCAUUGAAGUGUUAUUACAGAUUUGGCCUGAAGGAGGCAGCAUUCUCCAUAGAUUCAUAAUCUAGGUCAGGGGUUGGGUUCCUUACAGUCUCUAAGGAAGGAUAUGGGACAGGUGAACUAAUCCUGGAUUUGUGCCUAAAAGGGCAACUUCAACCUAGAGCUCCAGUCCUGAUUGAUGUCACACUUUUCCCCCAGCUAACACACCUGACUCCAGUAAUCAUCUAAUCAUGGGCCUCCCGAGUGGCGCAGUGGUCUAAGGCAUUGCAGUGCUAGCUGUGCCACUAGAGAUCCUGGUUUGAGUCCAGGCUCUGGCUGCGACCUGGAGACCCAUGGGGCGGUGCACAAUUGACCCAGCGUCGUCCGGGUUAGGGGAGGGCUUGGCUGGCAGGGAUCUCCUUGUACCAUUGCGCUUUAGCGACUUCUGUGCCGGGCGCGUGCAUGCUGACACAGUCGCCAGGUGUAUGGUGUUUCCUCCGACACAUUUGUGUGACUGGCUUCCGGGUUAAGCGGGCAUUGUGUCAAGAAGCAGUGCAGCUUGGUUGGGUUCUGUUUCGGAGGAUGCACACCUCUCCCGAGUCCAUACAGGAGUUGCAGUGAUGGGACAAGAAAUAUGGGAGAAAAAGGCAGAAUAUAUAUAUAUAUGUAUACAAAAAAAUAAUUUGAAUCCCCUAAUCAUGAUCUUCAGUUUAGAAUGAAAUGAGUUUAAUCAGCUGUGUUUGUUAGGGAUGGGAAAGUGUGGCACCACUCCGGCACUUCGGUAUUGUUGCGCUGAAGAUUUUAUAACAAGAUGUAUUUCUAUGUUUUGUUCCAGUUUUUAUUUAAUUAAAUGUUUUUAUAUUUGUAAUUUAUUUGUACUCUAAAAAAAAUGUGGAUUAAUUGUCAAGGGUGAAUAAAAGUAUAAAUAUGUUUAAUGAACACAGUUAUCCCUUUGAAUAAUAUUGUUUAUACCUUCAGAAGAAUUGUUGGUUAUGUUGGAGCUAUAUGGAUUGCUAGCUACAGUAUGUGGUGUAUAAGCUGUUGAGCAUUGUGGUGCUUCUGUAACCAGUGAGGUGUUCUGCCUGUUUCCCUGAGUCUAGAACAUCCAUGAGGGUCUUUUGGAAAGAGACUUUAUUCUUUUUGGCUUUUUGCUUAUUUUGCUCUCUGACUAAAUACAUCCACUAUUGCAGGGGUGGGCAGUCUUACCCUGCAAGGGCUGAUGUGGGUGCAGGUUUUGGUUACAUCCAAGCAGUAAUUCUAUUUGACCAAUUCUUGAUGAAAUAGUAUGAUGAGAAUAGCAAAAUUAGAUGACCCUACCAAUGGCAACACACUGCUAUACUGUACCACUAUCGACAAUGAAAAGACACUAAUGAUGUUUGAUAUGAAGCUAGUUAACAAAGAAUAAUUAACAAGCUUGCUUCAGCUGCUUGAAUAGACCUCCCUAACAACAGAGAGUCGAUGAAGGGCUGAAGAUUUGUCUGUAAAAACAGUCAUUUGUUUCCAUUCAAAAGUUGCCUUUUUUUGCGAAAAGACUCUUGAAUGAACUUCACUUGUUCACCACAUAUAUGUAUGUGCUAUAUUUGUUUAUUUUCUAGCAGCUUAACCUUCAGUUGUGAUGGUGAUAUCUGAAGUACUUGCAUUAACUUGUAAGCUUUAUAUUGUGUGCUGUUUUGUAAUGAUAUGAUACCAGGAAUGACAUACUGUUAUUGCUAUUUGCCAUUAUAAUUAAAAAGUACCAUUGUGGCCUAGAUGGUU